AUGAGUGAUAUUGAAGAAAGCUUCUUACCAAAAGAUCGAAAUGAAAGUCGAUCGAGAACGUUUAAAGAAAAUGUCCCGUGCUUCUUUUCCCAGAGAUGGUUGCUGGCGUACAUUGCCUUUCUGGGGUUUGUUUGUGUAUACGCUGUCCGUGUGAACUUCAGCGUGGCCAUUGUUUGUAUGGUAAAAUCUUCGGAUGUCCCCACUAAUGGGUCCGUGCUGGUUAACCAGUCAGAUGUCGGUACAUGUGUUGAGGCGGCUUCAAACGUCCGAAGUGAUGAGCAUGCUGAGUUUGACUGGGAUAAGAACACACGUUCCACCAUGCUGGCCUCCUUUUUCUACGGGUACAUUUGUACUCAGAUUUUUGGCGGCUGGCUUUCUGACAGGUUCGGCGGGAAGCGCGUGCUAGGGUAUACAACACUUAUUGCAGCCAUUUGUACACUUCUCACACCAGUGUGCGCCCGUGCAUCUACAACGCUCGUUUAUGUCCUCCGUGUGAUAAUCGGCCUCGCGACAGGUGUAGCCUUUCCGGCCAUGCAGUCAAUUUGGGGUCGAUGGGCGCCGCCUUUAGAACGCAGUAAACUCGUGUCUGUUUCUUAUUUAGGCACUAUGUUUGGAAAUAUUGCAACCUUUGCCUCCUCCGGAAUUCUGUGUGAUUAUGGAUUUGACAACGGAUGGGGGUCCAUUUUCUACAUAACUGGUGGUCUGACGUUUCUCUGGGUCCUGCUGUGGUUUUUUAUGGUGACUGACUCGCCACAGGAACACAAACGGAUUUCAGCUGCAGAACGAGAAUACAUUGUGUCUCAUAUCGAGUACAACACAACAGUCAGGACGGCCAAAGUGCCUUUCAGGGAUAUUGCAAAGUCGCGUGCAUUGUGGGCAUGUCUUACAGCUCACGUGUGCAAUAACUGGACCAAUUACACUCUUCUUACUAGCCUCCCGGCAUUUAUGAAAGCAGUUCUGAAAUUUGACAUCAAACAAAACGGACUGCUGUCCGCAGUUCCUUACCUAUGUCAAGCUGUGUCCGGGUUCCUGGCCGGACAAUCCGCUGACAUUCUUAGGUCUCGGAAAAUCCUCUCCACAACAGCCACGAGACGAACGUACCAGGUAAUAGCAUUUAUAGGAGCAGGUGUGUUUUCUGUUGCUACUGGUUUCGCUACAUGUGAGAAACGGGACAUGGCUGUUAUCUUUCUGUCUAUAGCCGUCAUGUUUACCGGACUUUCCAGGGCAGCAUACGUCGUUAACCAUGUGGAUUUUGCACCUAUGUACGCAGGUGUACUCUAUGGAAUAACGAACACUGCAGCCACUGUACCUGGAAUGGUUGCCCCGAUCGUGGCAGGCGCGCUCACACCAAACGACACCCCGGAGGAAUGGAGGAACGUCUUCUACGUCUGUGCCGCCUUUGAUUUGUUUGGCGCUUUGGUCUUUGGGAUGUUUGGUGUUGGUGAACUUGAACCUUGGGCUCGCGAUCUAAUAGUCGACAAAGAAAUUGACGCUGUAAUCAUCACCAAUAUCGAUGUGGAAAUGGCACAUGACACAGACAAUGUUAAAACUAUUGCUGAUAAGAAUGAAGCCGAGACUGAAGACCUAGAAGAUAAGGACGAACUGAAUGGUAAGAGCGACGCAUUGGAGCAAAAGGGAGACAAUUCUAUGACAGAGACUAACCCUGGUUCUGUAGUAGAAACAGAUACAUCACAAAAUCAAAUUAACGGAAUGGUCGACACACUGACCGACCAAGAGGAUUUAAACGAUGAUUCUUUGAGUGAAAACCAAGGUAAAAGUGAUCCAUCAAAUACAUUAUAUCCGGAGCAGACUUUAUCUGAAAUCGUAUUGUGUGGAACCACUGUAGGUUUAGAUAGUUUGAUUGAAGAAGAAUCGAAACAGAUUAAAGCAUGA